UUAGAUAACUCAUUUUAGAUACAGUAUGAAAUUGUUGACAAGAAAAAAGAUAUAGAAUGAAAUUAUAUAUUUUUGACAAGCAUAGGGAAUAGGGAGUAGUAAUAAAUGGUAGCAAUGAGACCAAUUGACACAUUGUUAAUUAGUGUAGGAAAAUGUCAACGCUUCGUCUGUCCAUUUAUAUAAUAACCUAACCACUUUCUUCAUCACACAAACUCACAAAAUCUCCAUUGAACUUUCACCAUGAAGCUUGUCUGGUCGCCUGAAACCGCCUCUGAAGCCUACAUCAACACCGUUAGAUUUUGUAAGAGCUACAAAGAAUCAGGAGUGGCGGAGUUUUUAUCAGCUACGGCCGCCGGAUGGAACGCUAGGCUAAUCGUUGAGACAUGGUCACGUGACGAUCCACUCGCGACUAGCGUAGGGCUCGCGGUUGCUGCUAGUCACACUUGCGGUAGACACGUGUGUAUAGUACCAGAUGAGCAGUCGAGACUGGAGUACGUGUCGGCCAUGAGAGGAAUCGUUACGACGGAAGCUACGGAGGUUGUGGUGGUCGGAGAAUCUGUUGAGAACACGAUGGAGGAGUUUCCAGGCGUGGACUUCUUGGUGGUAGACUCGAAGCGGCGAGAGUUCGUCAAAACGCUGAGGUUUGCGAAAUUGAGUAACAAGGGUGCGGUUUUGGUGUGUAAAAACGCUGCGCAGAGAGCGAUAUCUGGGUUUAAAUGGCACGAUGUGUUGAAAACAGGAACACGUGUGGUGAGAUCAGUGUUUUUACCUGUUGGGAGUGGGUUGGACAUGGUACACGUGGGAGCUGCUGGUGGAAACCAGCGUGGUGACUCGAGGAAGCAUCCUAGCCGUUGGAUUAGACAUGUGGAUCAUCUGUCGGGAGAGGAGCAUUUGUUCAGACGCUUAAAUUGAGAUAUCCUCUUUUACCCCUUUGCGAGUCCUAUGAUGUAUAUACGUUACAUGACAAAAAAAAAUAAUCUCCCAUAAUCAAAAACUCUUAUCAUC